ACAAAGUCAACCGCAGUGAAAUUUGUGUGUCUAUGAGGGAAUGAAUGCCUGUAUGCUUGGAACAAACUCAGGCAGAAGGCGAGCGUGUGCGUAUGUGUAGCUCAAACGAUUGUCAUCUUCUAGUUGCAAUUCACACCUUCUCUUCUUGACACACACACAUCACUUUCAACUGUGUCAUCAAAAUGCCUACCCGCUUCAGCAAGACAAGGAAGCACCGUGGACACGUCUCCGCCGGUUACGGUCGUAUUGGUAAGCACCGCAAACAUCCCGGUGGUCGUGGUUUAGCUGGUGGUCAACAUCACCACCGUACCAACUUCGACAAAUACCACCCUGGUUACUUCGGUAAGGUUGGUAUGCGUCACUUCCACUUGACCCGUAACGCAUACCACUGCCCCGUGAUCAACUUGGACAAACUUUGGACUUUGGUUCCCGCUGAACAACGCAAGGGAUUGUCAGCCAGCUCUAAGGAAGUUCCCGUCAUUGACACAUUGGCAGCCGGAUACGGAAAGGUUUUGGGUAAAGGACGUUUGCCUCAAUUGCCAUUCAUCGUUAAGGCAAGAUGGGUUUCUGAGUUGGCCGAAAAGAAGAUUAAGGAAGCUGGUGGUGUUGUAAGCUUGGUCGCCUAAAAAGGUUCCUCAGCUUGAUAACUCAUCACUCUCUUUACACUUUGCAUCAUGGGAUAAGCAACCUCUCCCGUUUUUGGGUUGUUUCUUCUUUUGUUCUCUAUCACAAAAAAAUGGGAUUCACAUCCAUUAUGUACCAUGACAUAUUCACACACUUUGGCGCUCAUCA